AGUGCCCGCGCGGCAGCGUCGUAAAGCGCCGGGCCAUGGCGGCCGCCCGGGUGCUGCGGCCCGCUGGCUGCCGCCGCCCCCUCCUCCUCUCCUCCGCCUCCUUCUCCUCCUCCUCCUCCUCCGGUGGCGGCCGUGCGGCUGAACCCGGGGAGCAGCCGGACAGCGCGGGCCUGGGUUUCCGUCCCCCCGCGCACUCGCACAGUGACUGGAUCGGGCCCCCGGACAAGCACUCCAACCUGCGCCCCAUCAUCUUCUACGUGCCCCCCGAGGAGUCGGCGCUGGAGCGGCGGCUGCGGGAGGCGCGCCAGGAGGCCCAGGCCAGCAACCAGCGCUUCUGGGCACGGCACAACCGCGCCUUCCGCCAGGAAAAAGAAGAAUUUAUUUAUUCAAGACUGAAAGCCAAGGGUCUGGAAAUGAGAGAUGAAUCAGGUCAAAAAGCAACACUGAAUGCAGAAGAAAUGGCUGACUUUUACAAGGACUUUCUAACUAAAAAUUUUAAAAAGCAUUUGCAGUAUAACAGAGACUGGUAUAAACAUAACUUUAGGAUCACAUUCCUCAUGGGACAAGUAGCACUGGUGAGAGCUCUGAGGUGGCUUCGUCGGAGAAAGAAAAACGUAGAACAAUAAUCACAGCUCCAUGAAGAAUGCAAUACUAUAUGCUAUAAACUUGUGGUUUAUAGUAAUGUUCUAAAUCGGAAUGGUUGAUGCAAUAAUUACUUGAAUUUGUUUGUAAAACUAUGUAAAUAAAAGUCAACUCUAGUCUUAAUUUAUAAUCAGUGUGUAGAUUUCCUUUACCCUUUAUUCCAAGAAUCUCUCAAAUAUUUCUCCACCAAAACACAACCAAGAAAACUUUUAAAAACUGGUCCUUGAUCAUGUCAGAUGGAAUGGGUAAUUAUGGUCUUUUUUUUACUGUAGAGUUAUGGCUGCUAAAUAAUAUGAGAUUCAGUGUGGUGCACCUGAACUCUGGUCUCAGAAUGGUGUCUCCACUAACUAUGUUAGUAUAUAAAGACAAAAAUGCCUCAUUUUGCAGCAGUUGCCUGUCUGGGGCAGUAGCUAUCUAUAAGUAAUACAAAAUGGAUGAAGGAACAAAUUUGAUUUGUGAGUAUAUAGACAAUCAAUUUAGAAUAAUCCUCUGCAGUGUGAUUAUUUGCUAUUUUUAAUAAAGAUUUAAGAUCAUUAUUUCAUAUGAAGUCUAAUGCAUUAGAAUCUUCUCUGAUUUUUUUAUUUUAAUAAAGAGAAAUGUGCCUUCCUUGGACAAGAGCUCCUCUGAUCCAUGACUGGUAAAUGUUUCAGUUGCUGAGCUAUUUAACAAAUGUGCCUGCCCAUCAUUUAAUCGUGGUAGAAGACAAAACUGGUAACUCCUGUGUGGAAAACAACAUUACAAGAAGUAUGCACUGUUUUCUCCUGGUUCAUUUCUUCCAACAAAAUGUGCAGUUCUCAUCAGUUUCUCCAAGGCACUGAUAACAACUUGCCCGAGGGUUGUUUUUGUGCCCUCUGGGUAGGUAACAUCAAUUGGAAGGAGCUUGGUUCAAGUGAAGUCCUAAAAUGUUAUGCCAUGUAUUUUUAAUUUAAAGGAAGUCUCAUGCCUCA